CCUGCACAUCUUCAUUUUGUGAGAUCAGAGACUUAGCCAAAAUGGCCUCUUUUCUCACUUACACUACUCUCUUCUCCCUCUUCUCAACUUUCUCCAUCACCAUUCCCGCAGCUUUCUCCCAGCAAUUUGCGGAGGAAAUCGCCACAAUGCCGCUAGAGAAAGUGAGCCACCUGCACUUCUACUUCCACGACAUCCUCAGCGGGAAAAACCCAACCGCCACGCAAAUCGCCGGCCCAAAGAAGGGUCGUUUUGGCAUGACGAUGAUGGUGGACGACGCCUUGACUGAAGGCCCCGAGCCCAGCUCAAAGCUGCUGGGAAGAGCUCAAGGACUGUACGCGUUGUCCGCGCAACAGGAGCCUGCGCUGCUCAUGGUGAUGAAUUUUGCCUUCAUGGAGGGGAAGUACAAUGGGAGUAGCAUCAGUGUACUUGGGCGGAACCCGGUGAUGCAUGCGGUCAGGGAAAUGCCCAUCGUGGGCGGAAGUGGUCUUUUCCGGUAUGCGCGGGGCUAUGCUUUGGCGCAUACAGUUUGGUUUGAUGGUACGACGGGAGAUGCGAUUGUUGAGUACAAUGUGAGUGUACUGCACUUCUGAAAUCUGUGUGAAAGGAGUCAUGGAAAGGUAGUGUUUUUCAGUUUUUGUGCUUCAGUGGUUGUUGUGUUUUAGCACAGAUUUGAUGGAGGUUAUUUAUGAACUUGGUUUUUCCUCAUGUAUGGACAUGGAAAUGUUUCUACUGAAUCCUCAUCACCUCCUUAUUGUUGGUAGAAGUUGCACUACUUAGUAAUAUCAUAUUGUCUUUAAACUUCUGAAA